CUUCUCCGGUGGCCGCCCGGGCUCCUCCUCCCGCCUCCUCCUUCCCCCGCCCCGCCGGCUUCCCAGGCUCCUCUCCGGGUAAACAGCGAUGGCCGCCGAGGAAGGAGGUGGCGAGCCCCAUAACAACAUGGGGAACCACCUACAGCUGGUGCCCGCAGAGAGCGAGGAAGAGGAUGACAAUGACAUGGAAGUUGAAGAUCAAGAUAGUAAAGAAGCUGAAAAGCCAAACGUCAUUAAUUUUGAUACCAGUUUGCCCACCUCACAUAUGUAUUUAGGUUCUGAUAUGGAAGAGUUUCAUGGAAGAACGGUGCAUGAUGAUGACAGCUGCCAGGUGAUUCCGGUGUUGCCCCACGUGAUGGUGAUGUUGAUUCCUGGACAGACGUUACCUCUUCAGCUUUUUCGCCCUCAAGAGGUUAGCAUGGUGCGGAAUUUAAUUCAGAAAGACAGAACGUUUGCUGUUCUUGCAUACAGUAACACACGUGAAAGGGAAGCACAUUUUGGAACAACAGCAGAAAUCUAUGCCUACAGAGAAGAGCAGGACUAUGGAGUUGAAACGGUCAAAGUGAAAGCAAUAGGAAGACAGAGGUUCAAGGUUCUUGAAAUAAGAACCCAGUCAGAUGGAAUCCAGCAGGCUAAAGUACAAAUCCUUCCUGAGCGAGUGCUGCCUUCCACCAUGUCAGCCAUACAGCUGCAGUCUCUCAGCAGAUGCCAUGUAUUUCCUUCUUCCAAGCCUGCAGCGUGGCAGGACCGAGCCAUACAUCAACGGUGGCAGAAAUAUCAAAAGAGGAAGUUCCACUGUGCAAGUUUGACAUCUUGGCCUCCCUGGCUCUACUCUCUAUAUGACGCUGAAACCUUGAUGGAAAGAGUCAAGAGGCAGCUACAUGAGUGGGAUGAAAAUCUUAAAGAUGAAUCUCUUCCAACCAACCCAAUAGAUUUUUCUUACAGAGUUGCUGCUUGCCUGCCAAUUGAUGAUGCGUUACGUAUACAGUUGCUUAAAAUAGGUAGUGCUGUUCAGCGACUCCGGUGUGAAUUAGAUAUUAUGAACAAAUGUACGUCUCUCUGCUGUAAGCAAUGCCAAGACACAGAAAUAACUACCAAGAAUGAAAUAUUCAGCUUAUCCUUAUGUGGGCCCAUGGCAGCCUACGUCAAUCCUCACGGGUACAUCCACGAAACCCUGACGGUGUAUAAAGCCUGCAACUUGAAUCUCAGCGGACGACCGUCAACAGAGCACAGCUGGUUUCCUGGAUACGCCUGGACUGUGGCCCAGUGCAGAAUCUGUGGCAACCACAUGGGAUGGAAGUUCACCGCUACCAAAAAGGAUAUGUCCCCUCAGAAAUUCUGGGGACUGACACGCUCUGCUCUCCUGCCUCGGAUCCCCGAAGCGGAGGAUGACUCGGACCACGAUAGAUCCCCCUUGCUCUGCCUGUGACCUGGUGCCCAGCUUUGGAGAAGAACGGGCAGUUCUCUGUCUCUUCAACGCAUCUGCUCAGUUCUGCUUCUGAUGCUUAACUUAAAAAAAACCCCAAGAAUCCACACCCCCACACAAAAAUCAACCAAACAAGGUGGCUUACUCCAGUUGGGUUUGGGUACUGGUGUUUCGGACGCACUGGGAACUGCAGGUUAGAUUUCAAAAAUGGCAACUGAGGAAAGGAGGUAGCAUCAGACAGCAAGAAAUCCAUCUGGACAGGCUUGGGACUGAACUUUCUCCUUCCUUGUAUAAUUGCAGAGAAUGCUUACUGCUGACAACUUGCAGUGGAAUGAGGUAGGGGGAAACUCAAAUUACAAAUAGAGUAUAAUUUAUGCAAUAUAUGUAUGAUGGCAGAGACCAGUUACUUGCUGUGGAUUAUCUUCCAUAAUAUACUCUAAAGUGGUUUUGCUGAGAAUCCCCGUUUCUAACUUGGUGGAGCGCUUCACAUUUUAUGCUUGUGCUGUGUCUCAGACAUUGAGUGGACAACCAUCAAGGAGAGCAGGAGAUGAAGUGUCCCUCCUGAUGGAUACCAUGUUGGUCGUGUCAGUGGCAGAGCUGGAACCAGUGUCUCAAGAGCUUCCUGCAGCCAGAACAGUUGCAGUUACAGGAUGCCCUUUGAAAGGAACCCCUGUGAAGCCUUCAGUCCUUCCAAGUUGUCUCAUCUAUUUGGUCGAUUGGACUUUAGAAGUCUUAAAUUUUAAACUAUUUAUACAAAAUGUACAACUCGGUCCCAGAACGUAAACUACGUUGUUGUUUACUGUUGAAUGUGCUUAUAUUUGCUUUUUGAAAUGAUUUCUCUGAAGAUUAGUUUCCCAGCACACAUAUCCAGGGGUCUGUGAAGUGCUUUCUAAAACAUGUAGCUAACUAUGGUGAUUUCUCAGUAGUAUUUAUUUUGACAAGGGGAGGCAGCACCUCUUUAAUAUUUUUUUUUUCUUUUUACACUUUCAUAUCAUGAAGGAAAAUUUCACAUAAUCACCCUUACCUUACAGAGGGCAUUAUGUUCUAAAUACAUCAGAAAUAAGCAGCAGUGCUUUUUUUUUCUUGGCCUGAAGUGCUGUCUGUGCUAGAGAAAUCGGGUGCCAAAAUGGGGCAGCUUCUGCCACUGAUUUCUUGGGGUUAUUUUUUCCCCUUCAGAAUGCACCUUGGUGAUGGAAGAUUUCUUCAGUGUGUGUACAUACACCCUUUUGUCUGUUGAUUUUUCAGUGUGUGUGCCCUUUCUUUUGAAGCUUUAUCAUUCACUCUUUAUUUCUUCACAGUAAAUCUUUGAGAACUUGCAUUAUUAAAUACAAUGACACGAGACUACUUAGGAUUUAGGACAUGGGCUGCUCCUUAGAGAGGCCAAUGCAGAGCCUGUUUGAAAUGGGAGUGUGGUACCUGCUCCAGCACAGCUGAAAACACCCCAAAAGAUGCUGAGUGGCUGUUAGGGUAGUUUAUUUAGCUAGUUUUGUAGAAACUAAUGAUUGUGUAACUCAGGUUUAGUUCUGUGAAGCCUUCUACCUCUGUGCUUCUGUGAUAAUUCUCUCCGUAGGCAUCUUUAAUACCCUGUUUAAUUUUCUGUGUGCAGCACCCUGCCUUGCCAGUGAACUGUGAAAAGCAAUACUUGGUUGAAUAUCAUCCUGAACAAAUAGAGGGUGAAUGAUGGCUCAUUUUCCUCGAGAAAACAUUCUGUCUUUUGAUUAUGUUUCUGUAACAAGCUUUCAGAAGUUGAAACUGAUAAGCAGUGGUGUGAGGAGUGAGACUGUGAAACCCCUGUGCUUGGGUAACCACUGACAGCGCGCUUUGCUUUCCCCACACACAGACACACACACUCCUCUUAGCUGUAAGAUUUGGGUUAUUUUCCCCUCUAAGACACCUAACAUCUCUCCUUUCCACCACCCUCAGCAGGGCUCGUGGGUGGCAAGAAGUUUGAGGGUGCUUUGAAAGUCCCUUCUGCUGCCCCUCGGUGUCAGUGCUCACUGAGGGGGUGGUGGGUGAGGUUUUCAAAAUGAUUGUUUUCUCAAAAAGCUCCUUGGGGUUUGUUUUUUUUUUUUUUCCCAAUCUUUUGGAUCGCCUCAACUAAAAAAGGCAUUACGUUGGCAGUGUUUGAAUACAAAAUAGGCAUAUUUUUUUGUAUUGUGUAUAUAUAGUCAAAUGUAAACUAAUAUAAUCAAGUGAGAGAAGUCGGGAGUAAAAUGUAGCGCUAAUUUAAUUUUAUUGUUGGUGAUGCUGUUCCAUCUGCUUAACCUUCUGGGGCAUGUUUGCCCUUUCGAAGUCCCUGACACUUUCCAGGUUGAAAACAAGCAAAGAUGAUGAAUCCUGCCACGGGGGAGCUGGUGGUUGAGUGCUCCAAACGCCCAGCGUGGGACGUACGGGGUGAGUGGGGAGUCCAGGAUGGCUCUAGACAUUGAUUAAUAUUUUCUAUGCUGCUUCUCUCCUUUUUUGGAGAGAAAACCACUAGAUUGGGAUUGUGUAAAAUUAUUACCAACAAAUACGGACACUGUAUGCUUUUAAGAGCUAAGUACAAAGGAAAUCACAUUUUCUGAUAAUUUCCUAGGUGUUUACUACAUUCAUUGGUUGGCCUGUAGCUUCCUGCGUUAAUUAAUCUAAUUGACUUGCUGGCUGCUGCCAAAAGGGAUGAUUUGUCUCUUCUCCCCCAGCCUCCUCUCUGUCCCUUUUGAUGGAGAUGCAGAAUUAGGCACCCGUGGGGUUGGUGUCCUGACUGCGCAGCCGUGUCUGCGCCGGGGCUGGCGGCAGGAGGGGGGACAGACAGCAGCUUUUGGGGACAGACUCAGCUGGGGCUGGCCUGGACGGGAGCACAUGCAGCUUAAAACCACUCAUUUUCAAGCUGUCAUUGCAGUAGCAUAAGGAUGUCACACAAUCAAGCCUGUAAUAUUGCACGUUUUUCCUCUAUUUUAGUUUUGCUGCAUAGAUAGAAUCACAUAGGACACUGCAUACUUGGUCUAAACUGUGUUCCAAAUACUCUGCCCUUUGGUUUUUUAAUAAUGCUGUUUUUUCAUAUGUGCUGCCAUUCGUUUUGUUUCCAUCAUCGGGUGGGUUUUUUUAUCCACCUGUUUAAUUGCUUUGUGAAAGCUGCAGGAAGGGUGGCACCUUCUCCGCUUCAACUCUUCCCCUCUCUCUCUCUCUCUCUGUCUUUGGGGACAACUUUUCAGAAAAAUCUUGUUGCUUGCAAACAUUUGCAAAGAAUAAAAUUCAAUUUGUUUCAAAA